CUAAACCGCGUAGGAUCACGUGAAUCGGUAUUCACCAACCAUUUUGCGCUUGUAGUAUUCGUAAUGUCAUGUUAUGGAUGUUUGUAGAUGUCAAGCUACGGAAUUUCGUAGUCAUGAAUUCUCGGUAUUUUGAAGUGAACAAGUAAUGAACUGUGAAGAAAGGAGCCACUAUGGAGGGAGUUCUUUAUAAAUGGACCAACUAUAUAAGUGGUUGGCAGCCACGCUGGUUUGUAUUAGCUGGAGGUACUCUUUCAUAUUAUGAUUCCCAAGAAGAUGCCUGGAAAGGAUGCAAGGGCAGCAUCAAGAUUUCUGUAUGUGAAAUACAAGUGCACCCAUCAGAUUUCACAAGAGUUGAUCUGACCAUACCGGGAGAACAAUACUUCUACCUCAGGGCCAUCAAUGCAGCAGAGAGACAGAAAUGGCUGGUAGCUUUAGGAACAGCCAAAGCUUGUCUGACAGACAACCGGACCAAGAAAGAAAAGGAACUCCAGGAAAACACAGAUGCACUGAAAACCAAGAUGUCUGAACUGAGGCUAUACUGUGACCUUCUCCUUGAACAGGUGAACAAGCUCAAGGAGAGUCCUUUGGGUGAGGGGGCUGCUGGCUCUGGAGAGGCAGGGGAAGAGACAGGUAGUCUGGUGAAGUCGACAUGUGCCACAUUCCUGAAGACUCUGGAGGAGUGCAUGCAGAUAGCCAGCCGCACAUUCAGUCCAGACCUGCAGAACCUCAGCCCACCUCAGACACCACCUGUUGCUGCUAUUAAACCUCACAAGAUCAAAACUUCUAACCAAAAAAGUCACCAUUUGGAAGAAAAACAAAAGCGCUCAGUAAAUAGUUCAUCUAUUGCAUUAUUACCUAAGAGUGUGAAAUUGGGACCAGAUGGAGAACCCCCACCAUUACUUCCAGGAAACAUACCAGAAUCUUCAACAGAGAACAGUCUAGUGGAGGAAGAAUUUGAACACCAGGUGGAGGUCCAGAGUGCGUCUCAAUCUAAUUUUCAGGGUCCUGCUAAGGGUGAACUUCCCACAGGGGAGGCAGGAGAAGACAUGCAAUCAGAAGUAACUCACACAUUAGAGAAACAACAGGAACAGCAACCCAUCCCCCAGGAAAGCCAAGAGGCUGACCCAGAAGUGCAUGAGCUCAAGUCAGAGGAUAAACAGGAAAAGGAAGAUCAGGUGGAAACAUUCUUCAGUAGUAUGAGCCACAGAUUUAGUGAUAUAAGACUGGAGGACGACAGUGGUAUCCCCACACGAGCCUUUUUGGACUCUUGCUAUGCUAUAGUACCAGUAUUAGACAAGCUGGGACCAACAGUCUUCGCUCCAGUUAAAAUAGAUUUUGUGGGCAACAUUAAGAAAGUGCAGCAGAAGUUACAGUCAGACCCAGACAACUUCCCCACUCUGCAGAGUAUUGUGCUCCAUGAAGUGCAGAUGGAAGUGGCGCAGGUGCGGAACUCGGCUACUGAGGCACUGCUGUGGCUCAAACGAGGAUUAAAAUUCCUCAAAGAGUUCCUCUCUGAGGUGGAUGCUGGAGAGCAGGACAUCCAUGCAGCUUUGAACAAUGCCUAUGGAAAGACGUUACGCCAGUAUCAUGGAUGGGUGGUGCGUGGAGUCUUUGCUCUGGCACUGAGGGCUGCUCCUUCCUAUGGUGGCUUCAUGGCAGCACUGGUAUGCCAUGAGGGAGAUGAGCUGAAGGAGGGUUUUAUGUCAGGAAUGCAUCGCGACCUUGCCAUCUACCUACCAGCCAUGGAGAAGCAGCUGGCCAUCCUGGAUGCUCUGUAUGAGGAGUACGGCCUGGAGUCGGACGAGGUGGUGUGAGACACUCAUGAACACUCGCAGAUACAGACAGAGCUCACUCUCUGGCUGCAGUCAGAGUACUGUAGUGUGUGAGAGCCUGAUUAAGGGAUACUGAUGCUGCUGAAGGCAGACUUGGUCUGUAUGGCCAGAGCAAGCACUGUGGCAACACUGGACUUAUACAGCUAGCAUUAGCACUCUGAAGAUGCAGCCACCUACAUUCUCAAUAAGGGGCCAAAAAUUUCCGUUUUAUAGCCUGUGAAGGUUUUUUCAGGGAACAAACAUUUUUGGUAGAUGGCAGAGUGGAUGCAAAGUGUUUUGUGGCGUUUGGUGACUGGGACCUUUUGAUAUAUCUUUAGGAGUCAAAACAUGCUCUCUUAAAAAAGAUUUUACAAUGUAGAUUUUUAUGUAUUAACACACAUCUGUGGGAAGUAUACAAAACUGUCAGUAGGUAUGCAAACCACAGUAUUUGCAUUUGUGCACUGCUGUUUUACCUUCGAACAUUUAUUUUUCCUCUUGGUAUAUCAGAUAUACCUUUGGUAGCACUGACAGCUAGUUAGAAAUACAUCCCAUGCCAUAGACAAGCACAAAGGAUAAAUAUUUAAUUGGUUUCGGGGAUUGUAACAAUGACCCGGCAUAACUCGUAUUGCUCGUGUUUAGCAUGCAUGAACAAGGUAAUUGUACACAAUUACUAGGCUGAGUAAUUGAACUGAAACUCAUUUAUAGUGCCAGGGCAUAGAAUAUAAUACAUAGGACAAAAGGACUGGAUAAUAAAAUGAAGGGAAACAUAAUUUAAAAUAUCUUAAAACAUUUUGUAUUCAGCACAAUUCAUAUUUUUAUUUAUAAAGGGCACAUUUGUACAUUUUUCUAAUAAUUGUAUUUAUUAAAUUAUUUACAAAAGUAACAAUUAUAG